AGCGGUCCGGGUGUGCUCAGCUCUCUCACCGAAACACUGUAUCGAUGAAGUUGUUUCAAAGAUGGCGGAUUUCCUGCCGUCCCGCUCCCUUUUAUCGCUAUGUUUUCCAAACUGUUUCCUCACGAGUAGGGAGGCAGAACAACUCCGGAAGUCGAAGGAGAUAGAUAGAUGUCUUAGUCGAGAGAAGACCUAUGUUAAAAGGUUAGUAAAGAUCUUACUGCUCGGAGCGGGUGAAAGCGGCAAGUCCACUUUCCUCAAACAGAUGCGCAUUAUCCAUGGGGAGGACUUCGAUUGGAAGGCCAAAGAAGAAUUCAGAGCUACAAUUUUUAGUAAUGUUAUUAAAGGUAUCCGAGUGUUGGUGGAUGCGCGGGAAAAGCUUCACAUCCCGUGGGGCGACCCGUCCAAUAAGCAGCAUGGUGACAACAUGAUGGCGUUUGAUACCCGUGCUGCAAUGGCCCAUGGUCAUGGCAUGGUGCAGACCAAUGUAUUCCAGCACUACCUGCCAUCUAUCCGGGCACUGUGGGCUGACCAAGGCAUCCAGAAUGCCUACGAUCGGCGCAGGGAGUUCCAGCUGGGCGAGUCAGUCAAGUAUUUCCUGGAUAAUUUAGAAAAGCUCGGACAGUUGGAGUACCUCCCCAGCCAACAGGACAUCCUACUGGCCAGAAAACCCACCAAGGGUAUCCACGAGUACAACUUUGAGAUUAAGAAUGUGCCCUUCAAAAUGGUGGACGUCGGCGGCCAGCGCUCUGAGAGGCGACGCUGGUUCGAAUGCUUUGACUCGGUCACUUCAAUCCUCUUUCUCGUCUCUUCUUCUGAAUAUGAUCAGGUGCUCAUGGAGGACCGGCAGACAAACAGGCUGAGCGAGUCUCUCAACAUCUUCGAGACCAUCGUCAACAACCGGGUUUUCGGCAACGUCUCCAUCAUCUUGUUCCUCAACAAGACAGACCUUCUGGAGGAGAAGGUGAAGCAGGUAUCCAUUAAGGACUACUUCCCUGAGUUCUCAGGAGAACCCAGCAGCCUGGUCGACGUCAAGAGCUUCCUGGUGGAGUGCUUCCGCAGAAAGCGCCGCGAUCAGCAGCAGAAGCCGCUCUACUACCACUUCACCACGGCCAUCAACACUGACAACAUCCGGCUGGUGUUUCGCGACGUCAAGGACACCAUCCUGCAUGACAACCUCAAGCAGCUGAUGCUGCAGUGAGGGAAUGGACCUGGAGCAGGAGGAGGAGGUGGAGGGUCUAGUUGCAGACAGAACCAGGUAUCACAGUGCCUUUAUGCCUACAGUAUCCUUGGAUGUUAUCUCCCUCCUCCACUCCUGCUUAGUUUUGAACUCAGACUGUGUAUUAAAGCCACCACUACUGCGGCCACCUCCCCACCCUCCACGCCUGCUCUCUGCCUGACUGAGCUUGUUCACUGUGAUGUAUAACAGCCAGCUGUGGGUAAGAGCUGCAAGCUUCCAGCAGACCUGCUCUGAUAGACACCUCCCUACAUUUGCCCCAGUAUUACCCCCCCUGUGUUGCUCUGAUGCUCUGACCAGUGUUAGUCGGGCGGGGGGGUUUGCCUUCUUCAGCAGAGCUUCCUCAGUGUUCAUCUUCUCGCCCUCUGAGAGAUCACCGAUACAGAUAGGAAUUCACCUGUAGGGUCUAAUCAUGUAUGUUUUCUCUAAUCUCUGAACAUACUGUAUGUACGUAUGCACCUUCCUCUUAUGUUUUAUAGGGGAGAAACGUUACACGUACGUGACUGCUGAUGGAAUCUGUUACAGUUACUGAAAGUGCUCCUGUUAUUCCCAGAGGCCAGCUCAUGCAGGGAUAACAGUUCCAGUGUAUUCUGCCUUCACUCAGGGCUCAUUAUGAACCACUUCUCUGUGAUUUGAAGCCAAUCAGAACCACCAGAACCUGACCCUGACAUGGGUUUUCUGUGUGUGAGGAGACUUCCUGUGCUUUAAAAGCAGAAGUCCAGCCACGUUCAACCUGGAGCAAAUUUCACCACCUGCUGACAUUUUCCAUUUUCCCUGCAUGUCCCACCUGGACGGUGGUCCCUUACCACAGAGAGCUUUGUCUUUCUGUUGUGGCUGUGUGAGCAGUCCCACAGUUGAUUAAAGAAGUGUGAAUCAGCACCUAAGGUUUUCCAUUUUCACACUCAUUUCAGUUUUUCACGUUUGGAUUUUAGGUUAUUGAUUUUCAAGAGAAGCUGGAUAAUUGUAACAAAUUAGAGAUGCCCCAGUAAGAGAUUGGCUCUGACCUGCUGAUUCUUAUCUUUUAUUGAAUUACUUACAAAUACAUACACCAAAGUACUUUUCUACUUUCUAGAUACAUUAAAUAUUGCACUAUUUUAAUAUAAUUUCUAGUUCCCUGUUUCUUAACCAGCUAACCCUUUCUCUUUUCUGCAGGAACAACUUCUGCACUGAAGAGAGUUGUUAGCAUAACCUGUUAGCACUUGGUGUUGUUGGCCACUAAUGGGGGAAAAAAAGAUUUUUAGUUUCCAUCCGGCCAAUCAGUGAACAAAGCUGUUUGUUUUGUGCGUCUUCAGGUCAGAUUUUCCCAGAAUUCCUCCUUAAUAUUUCAUAAAUCUCAACAAAAAAAAAUUCUAAAUACCUUUUAGUAAAAUGAGCUGUCUUUGGGGACAAUGUCUGCCUCACAACCAGAUGUGGACCAUUGAAUCCACUAACUCCUGUGUGCCAUAUGUUUGUUUUCCUGUGUCCAGAUAACACAGUGGGGACAGGUGCUGUGGGAGUGCCAGGAGGGAAACUAACGCUUCGCUCUGUUCACUGUUCAGACCUAAGCUACAUGUUGGUCCCUUUGCCGUCUGAGGCAGCUUCUUGCACAUAGUCAAGGCCUCAGUUAAAACGGAGGCUUUUCUGACGUUGGUGGAGCUGCAGACGGAGUUUUGGCCAGAAUGAUGCACAAAGACCAUCUGGAAAGACUGAAUGUUAAGCUGUCUAGUUGAGCUGCAGGAAAAAAAACGUUCUCCACAGGUUGGGUGGACUUUAAAUAUUACAGAAGUAAGGAUGGAAAGUUUGGUCCAGGUUGAACAGGGUCCUGUACCAAAUCUUUCGCUUCACUUCUCAAUCAAACUUCUUUUUUUUUUUUUUUUAUUGUAACCACUAAAAUGUUGCGGAUCAUAGUAAAAUGAUGCUGUGGCCAGGUAUUUCUUUGCUGUCUUAAAUCAUUUAAAUGUUCUGAAUGGUACUGGUACCUGACCCUCUUCCACACACCCUGACUUCCAAACAAAAAGGAGGGCUGCUGCCUGUGUGUUGCUGCGGGGGCUCCCCCUGCAGGUACUUUCUGUAGUUGUGUAAAAUAAAUGAACAGUUGGCGUUCUGGUAGCCUUAAUGUGUCUCACACAACAAAGUGGACUACAAUACAUGUCCUCACAGGCUUCCCUGGUCCAGGAGCUGCAGCAUCGAUGCUGUUUAAAGCCCAAAACGCUCCUGUAGAGUCACAUUUGAUUUACAUCCCAGUUUGGCCCAAACCGACAAGUUGUUCUCAUCAUGUUCCUCAUUCCUCCAGCCUGAGUCCAGUUUUACUACCCUAAAAUAUUGCAAUAAGGCAAUUCGUGUGAUUCCUCCCAUUCAAGUGAAAUGUGUGGAUGCUUUACGGUGUUGGCAUCUGUAAAUCCACAGCCUGUUUAAUAGCCGGGGCUGAUACUGUUAUCGGACUCUUUCAUCUCUUGUGGAAAUUGUUGCUCUGUUGUUUUUCCCAUGUUCCUAUGUUCUCCAACAGGUACAUGAAGGUUCUUGUCCGCUCAUUGGUGUUGUUGGGAGGGGAGGGGAGGGCGGGUUGAUGUUUUUAUUUAUGACAGUUAUGACAUUUAUGAUCACUAAGCUGUUUGUAGAGAGGCAGAAGCGCUUUUUUAAGUGUUCCUCACAAGUUAAAAGCUGAUGAUGAUGAUUUUCUCCAUCCUUGAAUCAAAAACAUUUUGGGUCGUCCUUCAGAGAGAUUCACCAAUCAGAAUAUUCCUGCCAAUUUUUGUAAAGUUUUGACCUGCAGAUCACGAUUUUUGUUGUUGUUGUUAUUUUCUGAUACCACUUUCAAAGGGCUGAUGUCACACAGUGUGAGAGAGUAAUCACUGUAAAAUAGGCUUUUAAAAGAAAGACAGAAAAAUCAGAAUUCAUGUUUUAAAGCAUCUUAUAGUAGCGAUUACUGGAGUUAGCAUUACAAACCCCGCAAGAUCCAUACCUUAACUCUUAAAAAUCCACAGGGAGGCUGAAAGUUCACAAGUAUUACAAAACGAUCAACUUUACUGUGCUCCAUUCAGCCUUAUUGUCAUCUGCUGAGGCCUUGCUCUCUCUCACAUCCUGAUUUAUCUGCAGACAUGUAGAAAAUACAGUUUCAUUUAGUGUAGCUUCAUCUCACCUUAUUCUUACAGAUACUGAAAACUGCUAACUUUUAGUCUCCUUUACCCAGAAACAACUUCCACACUGAAGAGUGUUGUCAGUAUUACUUGGUAGUGCUUAAAAUGGGCGAUUUCACCGAUCUGGAAGAGAUCAUUGGUUGAUUGAGCUGGAAAUUCUCCAGUUCCAGCUGGUUUCUCUGCACAUCUCUAAUUCUUUAACUGAUAGAAACUUUGUACUGAUGAUCAGUAGUUUAAUCUUGAGAGGUCAGGUUGGGAUCUAGAAGUGAAGGAGUCUGAGUAAAGCUUAAAGGGCGGUUUGUGGCAAGUGUUUUGAUAUCACCUCGGUGAGUGAAAGAAGCUGCAGGUUGAUGGACUUUGGCCUGAUCCCCUUGAACACAUCAUGCUGCUCCACUGCUGUCUGAGUCAUGAUCUGUUCAGUCUUUAGGAUGGAGUAUUAAUGUUUUAGAUUAGAAGGCUUUUAAUUCCGUUUGCAGCUGACUACUACUCAUCUGUAGUUUAGGCUUAAAGACCUUGGUGGGACGCUGAAUGUCCGCUAUGGACAUCAGCAAGGAGCAGUUAGAUGAAGCUGCUUUCAUUGGUAUUUAAAAGGAGCAGGCUGACCAAUUGCUGAAUUGUGUCAGUGUUGCAGUGCCAGAAAGGAAAGGAAAGUUGUCAGUCCACCAGUGUGUGUGUGUGUGUGUGUGUGUGGAUGAAGCAGUGCUCUGUUUUCACACAGACAGACACUCUGUGUCCAAUCUGCUGCUCAGUCAGUACAGACGAGUCUUCUUUGUUCAGACGUGAACCGGUCUGUCUCAUAGUCACUUCAGACCAAAGGGGAGCUUCUAUGUUGGCGCUGUGAGGUCUUCUGGUGUUAGACGGCCUCUGGUGACGCUCACCAAGCCUGCUUCGUUCCUGCAGAUGCUGUGUUGUCACGGUGCAGGAGGAGCCGGUGUGCGUUUUUUCAGACAUAUGUGCAGUGUAGGCAUUUCUCAGUGCAAUGAAACAAAGCAUGGGAAUUCACCGGGGAAUGAAACUUAGAAGGCACGGAGCACUGCAAAUCUGUUAUGCAAAUCUGGGUUUCAUGGCAUCUGAAUGCAGUGACACGAUCGGCUGAAACCGCAUGAAAACUGUCCACGUUCAGUUUAAAGCUUGUCUGGGAACAGCAGGUUUAACUGACGCAUGUUAAACAUGUAUACACCAGAGGAGGCUCUCAGUAUAGUUGUCUCUAAAACCACCUGUUCUGAUGGCACUGAGACUACAUCCUUUUCAGGGUGGCGGGUUCUUUCCCUUUAAAAGUGUUGGAAAGAUUUUUUGAAGUGGGUUUUUGUUGGAGGUUAAUAUCUUUCCUGCAGUAGAUACUCAUGGUAUCUUUGUUGGUUCUAGAGGCUGAGGCUAACGGCUACUCUGAGAUGGAUCAAGGCCAAGGUGGACUUCUACUGAGUUAAAACAACUUUCAUCUAAAAAAGAUCAAAGUGGUUUGGGUUAACGGGUCACUUUUCAUUGGGAGGUUGUUUACAUAGCAACUGAUGCCCAUUUACACAGGAAGUUGAGUUCAGAGGUGAUGCACCACCAAUGAGCUUCAAGUGUGAAACACCACCUGAAAACAGAACGUUUUAACCAUUAGCUAAUAUAAAAUUAAGGCAAAGUAAAAGGUAAUAAAA